AUGGAAAGGCCGCGCACUAAACGAGCGAUGGCGCUGAUGGACCUCGACACUGCCGACGGCAAGUGCGCCGGGACGCGCCUGGAGAGGGUUUUGACGAGGGUCAAGCUCGGCGCGACCGCCGACAGCUGCGAUGACGCCGAGGUACAAGUCUCCGUAGCGAGACAAAGGACAGCUGCGACGUUGUACUACGCCGCCGCGGCCACGCUGAACCGAUGCGAGCCCGCGCUGCAAGAGCGGUGCGCACAGGAGAUCUCCUGCGCAAUCGGAGUCUUCGCAAAGUCGUACCCCACGCACUGCGCGGACGUGCAGGAUCUGCUUGCAGUCGAGAACCUCGUGGGCUUGCUUGCGCAGGGAGACUCGCGCGGCUGCGCAAAACUUCGCGAGGUUCCGUGCGUCGACACAGUCUUUGCCUUGGCCGUGGGCUGCACCGUCGCCGAAUUCUGCCCGAUUGCUGACGCCCUCCUCUCUACGCUCGUGCGCAACCACGGUGCCGACGCCCUCAACGUGGGCGCCACCGCCUCGGCCCUGGCCUUCCUCGCCGGUGGCGGCCCGGACGGAACCUCUCUCGACGACUCGGGCGCGCUCGUGGCCGCCGGCUUUCUGCUCGAUCUUGGGGCUGGGCCAGACGACGUGGCCUGCCUCCUCCUCGCCGCCGCCGCCGACCCGAACGUGAAGACCAGCCGCAUGCCACCGCUGCACCUCGCCGCGCACAGCGACAGCGUCGAGAUCGUGGAGUCGUUGGCUGCGCAUGGCGCAAACCUGGACCACAAGGAGCCGACCUGGAACGGCGAGACGGCGCUACACCUAGCCUGCCGACGCGGCCACUUCGACGUCGCUACGGCCCUGGUUGCUCUCGGCGCUUCGACCAAGAUCAAGAGCUUCAGCAGCAUGACGCCCAUGCAGACGGCACGCGCGUUCAAGCACGACGACCUGGCCGCUUGGCUCAAGGCGAGCAGCGAGGCGGGGCCGAAGGGCAAGGGCGGCAAGGGCGGCAAGAAGGCGCGGCACGCACAAAAGCUGGCUCCCGCGGAGAGGCACGAGCAGCGGCUGCAAGAGGAGGCAGCGGCGGAGCAGGCAGCGGACGAGGCGCAGCAGCAGCGGGACGUGGGUGAGGCGGCGGGCAUGAAGGCGGCCCUGCAUGCCGCCGGCGAGAAGGCGACGAUGGUGGCGCUCCCGUCCAUGGUCGACUACGCAAAGCUCAGCGUCUCCACCGAGCCCCACGCCGGCACGACGCUCUUCUUCAACGUGUGCCUCAAAACCCCGCCCUCGGACAAGGUGCUGAUUGCGUUUCGACGCGACGUCGCACGGUGGCUGCUCGCCGCGCACGAGGCGUACUGCACCUUCAGCCAGAACCUCGGCGUUCACCUGCCGCCCGAGCCGUCGCGCGGCGAGAUCUUCGCGGCGCGCAGCAUCAAGGAGGCGCCCACGUUCCACGGCCGCAUGAAGCUGCGCUCCGGCGUGUUCCCGCACGACUGGCUCUGCUGA